AUGCCUUUACUACAGAUCACUUUGUGUGCCGUCAUCGCUUGCGCCGUCGCCGGAGACGUUCGCGAUAAGCGCAGCUACCUCAGCAGCGGGUGGAGCGGUACCAGUGGUGGAUGGAGUGGUUACAGCUCAUUGGGCAGCCACGGAAACUAUGGCAGCUACGGAGGGCUGAGUGGCUAUGGGGGCUACAGUGGUCUGAGUGGAUACUCAGCCGGGCAUGUCGCACCCGCCGCACGUCUCGUCACCGUAAACAAAGUUGUGAAUACCCAACGCGUAGUUAAUGUGCCACAGGUGGUCAGCGUACCCAAAGUGGUAUCAGUGCCUCAAGUUGUCUCCGUUAACAAAGUGGUCGCUGCGCCAAGUCACUCCAUCAGCGGCUAUGGUUCUGGAUAUAGUUCUGGAUAUGGUUCUGGAUACGGUUCUGGAUACGGUUCUGGAUACGGUUCUGGAUACGGUUCUGGAUACGGAUCUGGAUAUGGUUCUAGCUACGGCUAUGGCUCUGGAUACUCUGGACAUGGUUCCAGGUACUCAAGUGGAUGGUGGUGA